CAACUCUCUACUUUUUUCAUAACACAGUAUCUUCGACAGUCUCACAGUCAUUUCGUAUCGGGGCCUUGCGAACUUAGUCACAUAGUGUAGCCAUUGUUUGACUAUCUUGAGCUGCUAUCCCGGAAGCGUUCGCUGUGUUUGAGGCACAGCUCUCUCACGAUGCCUGCACCCGCAGCAAACAAGCGUGUCAAGAACAAACGAAUAAGUCGAAACAUCAUAAUCGGUUCUGAGGCAUUCAAUCUUCCACCUGUCGGCGACCCCGCGCGUCCGAAAGGCAUCCCCGACGAUCAUACGAAGCGUUGGACAGUAUACUUGAGGCAACCUGAGGGUGAUCCAUCACUUCGAACAUGGCUGAACAAGGUUCAAUUCAAGAUCUUCAACACAUACGAGAAUCCGUUGCGCACAUGUGAGAAUCCACCAUUCGAAGUUACGGAGACAGGGUGGGGUGGCUUCAUGAUCGAUGUCCGCCUGCAUUUCCAACCCAUUAGUGGGGAGAAGGCUCAGUAUAGACAACACUUCCUCCAACUCGAAAAGUAUGGAGACGAAAAGACACAGGCCGAGCAAGAGGCAGCAGGUUGCGUACGCUCCGAAACGUUGGAGGUAGUGCAGUUCAACGAACCGACUGAAGCAUUAUUCGAGGCUUUGACGUCAGAAGAUCAGUGGAAUCAUCUUGCAUCACAACUGAAGGGUGGCAAGAAGGCAGCUAUGAUGGCUCUCGGACCGAAUGGAAGGCCAAAGCGAGGAUAUCCAAACGGGGAAAGGAGCGCCCAACUACCGGAAAAAGGAGGCGAUGGGGUGCCUUUCAGUCAACCCGAGGAACUUGCACUCAUUCAAACAAUAAAGGAAAAAAUCGGGGUUGUAGAAAAAGAAUUGGACGAGGAGAUUAAGCGGCGGGAAGAAACUGAAAAGAAGCUGAAAGACCUCAGAGCCGAAUUGGGCCACGAAGCCGCACAACAAGCAGCACAACAGGCGAGCGGCGAUCGCAGUCGCCGACGAUGAUAUCCCUCUUAAAGAAUGUGUUGUGUACGAUAUUCAAUUGAUUGAUACGGUAAGAGAAGGGCCCUUUCGACCUUCAGGCGUUCAAGGAGUUUGGGUAAUUUCGAAGAGAUAUCCCGAUGUAGCCGCCCCCAAUUUGGC